UUUUACGCAUAACUCAUUUCUUAUCAAUUAAAACCUCUUUUAAACUCCACACUCUCUUCGUUCUCCCCCAUUUUAGAGCUCCGAUCUCAUUAGGGCUUCCAUUUCCUCCGGCGAAAACGACGAUUUCGAUCGAACUUGGCUCAUCUUAAGCGAUCUCUUCAUCUAAGGCGGAGUGAACGAUCUAGGGUUAGGGGAAGGUGGGGUUAGCGAUGAGUAGUCAAGAAGCGGCGGUGGCGGCUGCGACGCCUGGUUUGGUUGAUCCGAUGAGGCUGGCGGCAAGAUGGAGGUCGGCGGCUGAGUGGAGGAAGGUGGACGAGGAGCUCGACGGGGAGCCGGAGCCGUCGCACCUCAACACGAUAAACAGCUCUGGGCUGUUCCACAUUGUGUCGACCGACAAAUUGUCGGUGCAGUAUGUCGGGAUCCACAAGCACGGGCACGACGUCGGUACCGUGCAGGCCAACUGCCCUGCGCCGACCAAGCGGUUCGCCUACUACUUCGAGAUGACUGUCAAGGAUGCUGGGGUCAAGGGCCAGGUUGCCAUCGGCUUCACCACGGAGCAUUUCAAGAUGCGGAGGCAACCAGGUUGGGAAGUUAAUAGCUUCGGAUAUCAUGGAGAUGAUGGUUAUCUUUAUCAGGGACAAGGAAAAGGAGAAAUUUUUGGCCCAAAAUUUACAACGGGUGAUGUAGUUGGUGCUGGUAUCAUUUAUGCAUCACAAAAGUUGUUUUUCACAAAAAAUGGAACAGUUGUUGGCACUGUCUCCGUCUCCAAGGAUGUAAAAGGUCCACUAUAUCCUACCGUUGCCGUUCAUAGUCCGAAUGAAGAGGUUACUGUGAACUUUGGAAAGCAACCAUUCGAAUUUGAGUUAGAGAAUUUUAUCAAUGAAGAGAGGAAAAAACAGCUUGCGGUGGUUGAAAAUCAGUUUUUGCCUCCUCAUCUAAGUCAUUGGAUAGUUCGUUCGUAUCUAUUACAUUAUGGGUAUGAAGAUACUUUGGCUUCUCUGGACAUUGCAACUGAAAGUAAUCCCUCUCUCACCAAAAGAACUACUGUCGAUGAGCAAACAAACAUGUAUGCUCUUAACCAUAGAAAGGUUCUGCGUCAGCUGAUCAGGAAUGGAGAUAUUGAUACUGCAUUUCAGAAACUCCGAGAAUGGUAUCCUCAGGUAGUACAGGAUGAGAUGUCAGUCAUUUGUUUCUUACUUCAUUCCCAAAGGUUCAUCGAGUAUAUCCGGGCUGGCCAUUUGGAGGAAGCUGUAAUGUAUGGCCGUGCUGAGCUGGCUAGAUAUUUUGCUGUUAAAGCUUUUGCAAACCUGCUUGAGGACAUUGCUGCACUGCUUGCCUACAACGAGCCUGCGGAAUCGUGCGUCAGCUACCUGCUCGAGCCUCCGCAGCGCGAGUUUGUCGCGGAUGCAGUGAACGCGUCUGUCCUCUCGACGAACCCUAACUCGACGGACUCGGAGAGCUGCAUGUAUUCGACCCUCGAGAAGUUGGUGAGGCAGCUGACGGUGUGCACCUUGGACUGGCGAACUCUGAGCGGCGGCCAAGGCGAGGCGUUCUAUCUCCACAGAGAAUUACGUAGCCGCGGAGGAGUCAAGCGGAGUUCAGCCUACUCGGAUUAAACUCUCCGAUCGGUACCGCUUCCUGGCUCUGUGGUAGAGUUAUUCUUUUAGGGGAAACAAAGAAAGCAUAUGAUAAAGAUAACUUUUAGAGCUGAUGCAGGUGAGCUUCCUGCAACAGAUACAGAUUUGUUCCUGUUUAGGGUUUUAGAAAGAAUCUCUGCCAUGUUCAACUGUAAAGUAGCCGCGGUGGUUAAAAAACGGUGUAUAGAGAAUUGUUGUGAUGUUAAGAGUUUGAAUCUUUCAUGUAAUAAACCCUUCGAUUACAAUCGCAAUUCCUGGGUUUGUGUGCUUGCUUCGACGCAUUCUUUAUAUAGCCUUGAUUGGUACA